AUGUCUCCGUGCUCUUACGCGGAGGCGAUAGAGGGUCCCUACUCCUCUCAGUGGCAGGCAGCUAUGGAUGCAGAGAUGGCUUCCUGGAAGUCCACAGGCACCUACGUUGACGCUGUCCCCCCUCCUGGGGCGAACAUCGUCAGUGGCAUGUGGAUCUUCAGGGUGAAGCGGCCGCCGGGUUCUUCGCCUGUCUUCAAGGCGCGUUACGUGGCUCGUGGCUUCAAUCAGCGGCAGGGAGUUGACUACUUUCAGACCUUCUCUCCCACCCCGAAGAUGACCACUCUUCGGGUACUGCUGCACGUUGCUGCUCACCGUGACUACGAGCUGCACUCUCUUGACUUUAGCACAGCUUUCUUGCAGGGCAGCCUGCACGAGGAGAUCUGGCUGCGCCGCCCACCUGGCUUCACUGGGUCUUUCCCUCCUUGUACCCAGUGGAGUCUCCGGCGUCCAGUCUACGCCGACCCGUCGCUGUUUCUGCGCACCGACACCUCUCUACCGCCGUUCUACAUCCUCGUGUACGUCAACAACUUGGUCUUUGCCACAGCUGACAAUGCUGGACUCGCCUACGUGAAGUGCGAGCUGCAGAAGAGACACACGUGCACAGACCUGGGUGAACUGCGCAGCUACCUUGGCUUGCAGAUCACCCGGGACAGAGCACGCCGCACCAUUACCCUGACUCAGUCACACAUGGUGCAGCAGGUCCUUUAG